AGUACGCUACUGAGCACAACGUUGCGUAGCAAACUAAUAGUGCUUCCUGUCUUUUGGAUUCUUGAAUUCGCCUCAAGAAGAUCUUUGUGUGAAAAAAAUGGGUUUUCAAAACAUUUGGUACUCCCAUCCACGAAAAUAUGGGCAGGGAUCUAGAUCCUGCCGAGCUUGUGCAAACAGACAUGGUCUGAUUCGCAAAUAUGGUUUAAAUAUUUGCAGACAAUGCUUCAGAGAGUAUGCUGCUGAUAUUGGUUUCAAAAAGCUGGAUUGAUGUAACAAAAAUCUUUUAAGACAUUUAAUUUCUGUUUUCAUAACAACAUCAGUACCUUCAUGUAAAUUGAAUAACAAUAAACUGUCACUUUUAUUAAACAAUUAAA